AUGGGAGAGGUCACAACCAGGACAGACCGCCGGGGACGGAGGACAGACCGCGGUGGCGGCGCCCGGGUGCCUUCGCGGGGAGAAGGGGUGGGGGCCCAUGCCCGGGGGCGUGGCCUCACGAGCCCCCCGCCCCUCGCCGGCGACGAGGUGUGGCCUCUGGCGGCCCCGCCCCCCUCGCCGGCUAAAGGGCAGCCGGCGGCUCACAGCUGUGGCGCCGACAUGGCUGCGCUGGUGGAGCCGCUGGGGCUGGAGCGGGGUAAGCGUGCGCCACUGGGCCCCCGGCUCGGGCCUGCGUCCCUGAGCGCGUACCCACCCUUACCCCGGCGAGGCCGGGGCCGGUGGGCGGGUGGACCCGGCGGGGGUGGGCGGGGCGGGGCGCCGGGAGCCCGGGGGCUGGGGUGGGCCGCCAGUCCCUCUAUUGCCACCCGUGACUCUGCGGGGUGCCCGCCUGGCUGUCGGCCGUCCUGCGAGGGUCUGUCUGCGCGCCUCUCACUGCAUCUCUCUGAGGUCAUUUGCGUUUCCGUGGCUCUGCGCUCCCGCUUCGCAGACGUGUCCCGGGCCGUGGAGCUCCUUGAGCGGCUCCAGCGCAGUGGGGAGCUGCCCCCGCAGAAGCUGCAAGCGCUCCAGCGCGUCCUGCAGAGCCGCUUCUGCUCAGCCAUCCGGGAGGUGUAUGAGCAGCUCUAUGACACGCUGGACAUUACCGGCAGUGCUGAGAUUCGAGCUCACGCCACAGCCAAGGCCACGGUGGCUGCCUUCACAGCUAGUGAGGGCCACGCACAUCCCAGGGUGGUAGAGCUGCCCAAGACAGAUGAGGGCCUAGGCUUCAACAUCAUGGGGGGCAAGGAGCAGAACUCACCCAUCUACAUUUCUCGUGUCAUCCCUGGGGGCGUGGCUGACCGCCAUGGAGGCCUCAAGCGCGGGGACCAGCUGCUGUCUGUGAAUGGUGUGAGCGUGGAGGGUGAGCAGCACGAGAAGGCAGUGGAACUGUUAAAGGCCGCUCAGGGCUCUGUAAAGCUGGUGGUGCGCUACACACCCCGUGUACUCGAGGAGAUGGAGGCCCGCUUUGAGAAGAUGCGCUCUGCACGCAGGCGCCAGCAGCACCAGAGCUACUCGUCCUUGGAGUCUCGAGGCUGAAACUACAGUUUUGGACCUCCCCCCCCAACACCAGCCCCUCCCCUGUACAGUAUUUAUUGUCACUUGCCCCUUAUUUAAAGAUCUUUGAC